CAGUAGAGCUCUAACGCAAGACAUGAGGCAUCGGACUAUGCUCUCUCAAGGCGAGUGGAACUCUAGCAGGAAUACGGGCGUCAGCGUGCCUGGAGGAUGGGAUUAAGUUCCGUAUCUCCUUGAUGCAGGGGACUGUUCAUGUAUUCUUGUUCUUGCGCACCAACACUGCUGUGAAGGGGCACGGCAGUCUCGCAUCAACAGCGAAUCCCCAGGACGGAGCAGACUACUUUCCAUAGCCAUGGCGUUGCCACCCGUCUCUUCAAACCUACCAUCCCAGGCCCAGCUCUCUUUGCGUCUUUCUCGAGCGGAAUCGAGAAACCACCCGCCGAUUCUUGCAUUGCCACCCGAGCUCCACCUCAUGGUUACCCAGGAGCUAAGCUACCCAGAUGUGCUGGCUUUGAAACUCUGCCAUCCAUACUUCCACGGGUUACUCGACCGUGAAACUACCAUUCAAAGUCGGGUCCAGUGGAUUGUAGAUCGCGCAAGGUUGGGUCUUCCUAUUCCUCGAAGCACAAAGGUGUCAUUCCGCUCUGAUGCCUCGUUUGUAGCACAUCCCGAGAUCGGAAAGAUUCUGAGGCAGAGACUGCGCCAUCACGACUGCCUAGAAUGUGAGACAGCAAGAGAGUUUGUAGUGAAAGCCAUGGGGACUGCGAGAGGAAGGACCUUCUGUUUUGUAACGGAGGAAGAUUGUUGUCCUCAUAUCAUCAGUCCCAAGCCCAGGAAUCAGCAGUUAAAGUGGCUGCGACAGUUGUGGGUUGAUGCGGACAACCGAGCAGAGCCACCGACUUCGACCAUACUCGCGGGUAUCAAAAGAUUGAGCCUGUGCCUUUGGAUGGCGGUCAUCUGGUUGGCCUUAGACAGGCUUAUCUUCAUCGCGCUUGGCGCUUGAUAUUGUGUUAACUCCACCAGCGCUCCGGAAAGGGAAUGCUUCUGUGUCAAGCACAUGAGCAAUCUUCAAAUGGUGCCCAUCUGAAAAUCUGUGCCGCUCAGCCAUGAAUCCCAUUGGGUCCAGUCAAUACCUUCCGAGAUGAGCUCUUCCAUGUCUUGAUUCUGGGGCAGCAGCGAGUUCGGAUCCUCGUCUAGCAUGCUGGAUGGCAUACCAGUCUCAGAUGCGGAGACGUCGAUCAAGCAACUUCUGCUGCUAUCAGGUUCAUGUGGCGAGUUUUGUUGAUUCAAGGCGUGCGAUCGCGGUGGUCUGUUGCUUGCAGAUUGAUCGCGCGCACAAUCUGGGGACGACUUCGUGGCUGGAGGUGUCUCAGUGCCGCUGAUUUUGAAACGAGAAUCCUUUCCUUGCCUACGCAACGACAGUUUGGUUUGCAAUCGGAGCCGAGCGGUUUCUUGGAUCUGCCGGAGUUGGUGGAUGAAGGGUGGAACAUCGCCGCUUACGAUUCCUUCCCUGGCCAUCGCUAUCUCUCGCGCCUUGAAGGCUUUCAAGCAUAGGUUGCCAACCGCAACGUAUAAGGUUCUCUCAGUAUCUGUCAUCAUUGCUGGGUUAUUUUGGAACGUCGUCUCCACCAACCGCCAUGCCUUGGAGGAAUCCACCACAAGGGGUUCAACCCGGAGAGUGUCAAGUACAUGAACGAAAGCCGACCAUUUCAGAUAGUAGGCGAAGUUCCAGGAAAACUGGCGGACAUGUGGGCUUGACUGAAUCAUGUCGAAUUGCUCCAGCAGCUUCAGACUGACAUUCCAAACGUACUUCCGCUCCGAUUCUGGCACCUGUAAUCGAUUCUUCCACUUCCUUGGAUGUCGAGCCAUAAAGCGACAUACGUUCAAGGAAUACCGGGCGAAGAGAACUGUUGUAAGGUGCAAAGGAUCCGACGGUUCGCAAUAGCGGAGAUACUUGGUUUCGAUAUGGUUCUGCAGUUCUUGGAUCGCAUCGUCGUUCGGCAUGACACUUUCCUUGGUCGCGAAGAUGUCGGCGACAAAGUUCGGUCCGCACGCCUUGCGAUUGAUGGACGCCAUUCGUCCAGCAAAGGCAAAGAAUUCCGACUGGACAGCACAAAAUAUCAUGUCAGUGGGCUUAGAAGAGUCUGACGGGGGGGCCGGCAUGCCAGGGUAGAUGUCCGCAUCAUCAGUAUUUGUGAGUGUCCCGGUCAUGUGGAUGUCCCCAUUCAGGGGUUGGAAAGUAGGUAGACCACACAUUUCAGCGGCACGGUUGUCGUGCAUCUUCAAGCAGCUCCAGAUCCUGCGCCAGAUUUCGGCUUCGAAAGGUGCAAGCGCCAGUAGGGUUGCAUUUUGACGUAGACCGAUGGCUUCUGCAAUCCGGAGUGCAACGCCCGUCAAUGUCCAUAUUGAUCGUGGGCUGGAAGUGUCUCGAAUUGAAAGGAUAUGUAGGGUCAGAGCUUGCAGCACUACAAGGUUUUUCG